GGGCAUAUAGCCGCUCUCAUGCUUCUCUCCGCCGCUGCCCAUGGUAUCUUCAAAGAAUGGCCUUUGCGAUGCGGAAUCUGCGAGUUUUGUGUAAAAUAUAUAAUGCGACCGCGGGGACGACGUAUUGUACCCUCCGGCGACCCAUCGGCCGAAUAACGUUCGUUCAAUCAGCGCAAAAAUAUCGCUACAGUACCGAAACAACGGAUCGUCCGAAAAUCACUAGUAACUUAACUAACAUACAGUCGUCGAUAAACGAAGCUGACACAUUGGGACAGGAAGCGGCAGCUCCCAAGAAGCAGAGUGAACAACAAAAGGAGGAUGAAGAAGAGAAGGCGAAUCGUGAAAGGUCGAAGAGAAUGAUGAACUAUGGGUUUGCAGCGUUUGGUGUGUUUAUGGGCAUUGGCUUCACUUAUUUAGUAUACGAAUUAGGAAGACCUAACUAUGACGAACAUGGGAAUGUCAUCGAGGAUGAAUUUUCCAAUUUGCCGUUCUUUGAACAGAUCUACAAGAGGGUCAAGAGAGAGCUUAAUUAUUACACAAGAUUAGUACAGGAACCCAGUAGGGAAAAGUUGUUACCUGAUCCAUUGAAACAUCCAUAUAUUCAGCCACCAUAUACUCUAGUUUUGGAAUUCACAGAUCUCCUUGUGCAUCCAGAUUGGACAUAUCAGACUGGAUGGAGAUUUAAAAAGCGACCUGGAGUGGACCAGUUUUUAGAAGCAGUUGCCCCACCACAAUUUGAGAUUGUAAUUUACACGGCUGAACAAGGAAUGACAGUAUUCCCUAUUUUGGAUGCACUCGAUCCAAAUGGAUACAUAAUGUACAGAUUAGUUAGAGAUGCUACACGUUUUGUGGACGGACAUCAUGUUAAAGAUCUAGGAGCUCUCAAUCGUGAUCCUAGUAAAGUUAUUGUUAUUGAUUGGAAUGAAGAGAGCGUGAAGUUAAAUCCAGAAAAUGCAUUUAAACUUCCUCGAUGGAAGGGUAACGAUGACGACACUACAUUGUAUGACUUGGCGGCAUUCCUCAAAACGAUAUUAACAUCAAAUGUGCAAGAUGUGCGAGACGUACUGAAUUAUUAUAGACAAUUUGAUAAUCCAUUGGAAAUGUUUAAAGAAAAUCGACGAAAAUUUCUGAUGCAAAUGGAGGAAGAACAAAAUAAGCAACAAGACAACAAAGUGCUUAUCUCGAGGUGGAAACCAUCUUUCCGGAACCGCUAGUCAAAAUAAAAUUACAUGAAAAUUUUAAA